CGCUCAGAGAGAGAGACUUGACUUCUCUCUCUGGGAAAACUCGGGUGCUCGCUCCUUAGAAAUGGCCUUGGGAGGGUGCUGGAGCCCUCAGUCUGCCUUGUCUGGUCUCUCGGGUCAGGGCUGGGUUUCCCUCAUGUAUGGCAAGAGCCUUACGCGUGCUGUGCUUCUUCUUGGCAUACAGCUCACAGCUCUUUGGCCUAUAGCAGCUGUGGAAAUUUACACCUCUGGAGUGCUGGAGGCUGUUAAUGGGACAGAUGUUCGGUUAAAAUGCACUUUUUCCAGUUUUGCCCCUGUAGGUGAUGCUCUGACAGUGACUUGGAAUUUCCGUCCCCAAGAUGGGGGGUCUGAGCAGUUUGUAUUCUAUUACCAUGUGGAUCCCUUCAAACCCAUGAGUGGACGGUUCAAGGACCGGGUAGUCUGGGACGGGAACCCCGAGCGCUAUGAUGUCUCCAUCAUCCUUUGGAAGCUGCAGUUUGAUGACAAUGGAACAUAUACCUGCCAGGUGAAGAACCCACCUGAUGUUGAUGGGCUGGUUGGGGAGAUCCGGCUCAGCGUUGUGCAGACUGUACGCUUCUCUGAGAUGUAUUUCCUGGCUCUGGCCAUUGGCUCCGCCUGUGCACUGAUGGUCAUAAUAGUAAUUGUGGUAGUCCUCUUUCAGCAUUUCCGGAAAAAGCGAUGGGCUGAAAGAGCUCAUAAAGUGGUGGAGAUAAAAUCAAAAGAAGAAGAAAGACUCGACCAAGAAAAAAAGGUUGCUGUUUAUUUAGAAGAUGCAGACUAACAUUCUUAGAUGGAGGCUGAAGAUUUCCAAGAACCAGAACCCUAGGAUAAACUGAAGUUAAUGGAAGCUUUUCUUUGGCUUUUUUUUUUUUUCAGUUGUGACCUGUCUUCCAACCAGCUCUACAGUAUAUGACCACCUAGACAAAUAAUGUCCCUCUGGAGCCAGCAUAGGGCCCUUCUUGAAAAGAUACCACCAUACUCAUGCCCAGACCCAUUACUAAGGAGUUAUUUCAUUUUAGAAUGCAAGUAAUUUCAAGUUAGCUUUUGUAUACUAUGAAGCAACAUUUUUGCCCUUAGGUACUGCUUUGUAAGUUAUGACUUGUAUAUACAUAUAUUGGCAGCAAGUGGGAUAAAAGCCAACUUGUCUAUCAUGACAUUUCCUUUUACAUAUUAGUUUCUUUAGAGCAGCACUUUUACUACUAAAGUUAAUGUGUUUACUUUUUUCUUCUCACAUUCUCAAUUAAAAGGUGAGCUAUUUCUCCCAGCUCUUUUUGAUUAAAAGAAAAUACUAUGUUUAAACUGUUAAAGAAUAGUUUGAUUUUUAUGGCUUUCCUUAAAUCUGAGACACAUCUUGUUUUAUAGAAUUUUAGUAUCCUAGAUGAUAAUUUUUUAUUUUUUGUCAAUUGAUCUAAGGUUUACCACAGAACAAGUGUAAAUCACAGAGUAACUAUGAAGAGGUUACUUAAAUGCUAAUAUGUUGAAAAAUGCCACUCUCAGGAUGGAACUGCUUGUCACCUUUUUUUCUGUAUUGUACAGUGCAGGUCUUUUAUGAGCAGUGAAUGACUGCUUAGCUUACUGUGCCCUGCCUGCCUGCCCCCGGCCCCAUUUAAAUGAUCUAUAACAAAACAGCAAAGUCUAUGCUUAUUCAUUUGUAGACUGGAAUCACUGAGCAGUUAAAUAGGAGAAUUCUGGAAUAGUAUCUUAUGACUUUAAAAACUUAGGGCUGGUGAAAAAAGAAUCAACCCUAAAUGAUAAUUAUUUUGUACAGUGUUAUACAA